UUCAGUGUUAAAUUUUGUUUAGACAAAGCCGAAUUUCUAAAGAAGUUGAAAAGUUAAAAAGCUAAAAGGCACAAGGUUGAAAGAGCUUAAAAAGUUGAACAUUUUAAUAGUUGAAUGGUUUCUAAAGCUUAUGGUAUGCUGAAGUAAGUAAGCAGAAUGAAAUUUGAAAAAAUCCCCAUAAGGAUUGUGAAUGUACAGACGGUACUACUGAUGUGCGUACGGGCCAAGACACUAUUAUACUUGCUUAACUAUGUGAUCAUGUGCGGGCUGACUCAUACAGAUAGUCACACUUUACACACACACACACAGGCAGACACAGAUAGAUAACGGGAGCCAGCCAUAACUACAUACUGUGACAAAAUAACUCUAUUUGUGCAAACACGUAAGAUAGGGGAGAUGCUCAAGGACGUUCCCGUCAAGACAUGGGAGUCAUCACAGGCUAUGCAUGCGGACGGAGAGCCAAUCCUAGCGUUGAUCACACGCUGUGCAUGCGGCCACCACACAUAUCAUUAGCCAAUUAGUGACAGAUACGAACAACACAUACCCAUCAGUAGGCGUAGCGAAACACAGGCUUAUAACACUGAAACCCCUAGACACGAGUUAGAUCUGUUCUGAUAUUUGCUAUUGAUGCUAUACUGAGCUGAUCUCCACUCUCUGCAGACUGUGUAAUAAAUGCUUAUUCUUUUCCUCAAUUCUCUGGCUGGUCUUUUACUACAUCAACGGACUCGGGUGAGGCGGUGUUUUAGGCCGCGCUCAACAGUUUUGGGGGCUCGUCCGGGAUGUGGUGAAAGACAGAUAGAGUAAAAUUCGGACCUGAGGAUUUCUUCACGAGAAACAGGAUCAGGACACAAGCCGGCACAACAAAAUAAGCUUACGCAGAACAGGUGGGGAACCACAGUGGAGAGGACCGCAGCACGGUAGCACCACAAGCCGAGUGGGUGUUGUUAAAGGUUCUCAAACGAAAGUGGUCGGAACCAAGGUGGACGGGCCCGUACCAGGUCACGGAAAGAACGUCACACGCGGUCCGGCUCAAAGGCAAAGGUGACACCUGGUAUCACUGGAGCCAGUGUGCUGCAGCGGAGGCCCCGGAGAGAUCGUUGGGUGAGACCCAUAACGCUCUAAAGGAGCAACAACAAGCGCCGGCUGGUGCAGAAGAAAAGCCCACCAACCAACAAGGGGCAGAAUAAUCCCCUGGUGGCAAAAGGGGGUGAGGUAGUCUACCCAUACCCUGACGGGAGACAGUGAAAUAAGCAUGUCUCUCCUACAUGUAGCAUGCCAAGCUACCAACGCAAGCCUCAGCUGCUCUCGUCGAAGGCAGAUGGCGACGGCAGCCCUGAACACCUGCAUCUUCUGCUGGGUUUGCAUUCUGAUUGUUUUUGCAUAGGCUUUACACAACCUACAUUCCACAGGGUCCACCAACCUUUGAAUAAAGUUGCAUUUUAUAUCGCCUAUAUCACAUUAUCCAUUAAAGUGUACCUGCUAAUUGCUAAAGAGUUGGAUGACAAGGUAAUUGAAGGAAUAAAUCAGCUCCGGGGGUAACCCUGCCCGGAGCAUACAGGUAAAGAUCGCCUAUUGUCAUCUUAGAAAGUUUCGCCUGCCAUUAUACAUUUUUACUUUUGUAUUUCUUGCUUUAUAAUUCACGUUUAUACAUUCAACCAGUGACAUAAUGUUAUUGUAUGGGAAUUGGAGAGUUCUAGGCGUCAGCACGACCCCAAUUGGUUACUGUGCCUGCCCCCCUACUCACUAAUGAUACACAAGGUUUCGGCUGUAUGAUGAAUCUCACGCAUGGACGUGACAAUGGCUGUCAGACAUUAGGCAGUAUAUUCCCUCCAAUCAACAAUAAAACGCUAGUCGGUCCCUUUGUUCCAGACAAGGCUAACGGUACGUACUGUAUGUAUGUUUCAAUCUCACUGCUGGAUCCAGAGGUAAUGUCACCAAAAGGGGAAGUAUUUCGGUAGGUAACAUUGAUCUCUCUUGGUGUCAAGACAUGCGAGCGGGGAUCGAGCUCGGCACUUGGGCUAGAGCAGGCUUAUAUUAUUACUGCAGCCUUCAAGUCUUGCAUGUUCGACUGGGUGAAAGAACCGUUGGCAAUUGCGCUAUGGUUAGACUUCGCACCCCUCUCGUUCUAUUAGGUGACCAUUUGGCUCGUAUGAAGUCUAACCAUACCUCCUCGAUAAACCUAACACGUCGUAGGCGUCGUCACGUACUCAACCGUCACCGUCGGUCCACCUUAACCUCAUUCGACCUGACUACUGAUAAUCCCACCUACAUCGACGCCAUAGGAGUCCCUCGAGGGGUACCCAAUCAAUUCAAGCUAGCAGAUCAGGUGGCAGCUGGUUUUGAAAAUAUCCCUCUCAUAGCUGCCCUCUUUCCGGUAACCCCCAAUAAGAACGUCGAUCGAAUAAACUACGUGCAUUAUAACGUCUUGCGCUUGACCAAUCUUACUAGGGAUGCAGUGGCAGGACUCGCGGAACAAAUGGCACCUACCUCCUUGAUGGCUGUACAGAACAGGAUGGCAUUAGAUAUGUUGUUGGCGGAGAAAGGUGGGGUUUGCGCUAUGUUUGGGGAAAUGUGCUGCACCUUUAUCCCCAACAACAUGGCCCCGGAUGGGUCAGUGGCUAGGGCAUUGGAUGGGCUGCGUACUCUCUCUAAAACGAUGCACGAGCACUCUGGGAUUGACAACCCACUGGAAGACUGGAUGACUAAUGUUUUUGGGAAAUGGAAAAUGCUUAUUAUGUCUUUGUUUAUUUCUCUUGCUGUAUUCACUGCUAUUCUAGUCACAUGUGGUUGUUGUUGUGUUCCUUGUAUUCGUUCAUUAAUGGUAAGAUUGAUCACAUCUACUAUCGAGGGUAACGCUCCCCCUCCAUACAUGAUGCCCCUCCUCCAACACUCCAAGGCUGGCCCUGAUGCUGUUUUGGAGGAGGGCAUCAAAAUGAUUGAGUAUUAAUUAUUUUGAUGAGAGGUAAUGUUUUCUUUUAGGUAUUAUUUUUAUUCCUUAGUUGAUCUCCUAAAGGAGAUCAAAAGGGGGAAUUGUGAAUAUACAGACGGUACUACUGAUGUGCGUACGGGCCAGGACACUAUUAUACUUGCUUAACUAUGUGAUCAUGUGCGGGCUGACUCAUACAGAUAGUCACACUUUACACACACACACACAGGCAGACACAGAUAGAUAACGGGAGCCAGCCAUAACUACAUACUGUGACAAAAUAACUCUAUUUGUGCAAACACGUAAGAUAGGGGAGAUGCUCAAGGACGUUCCCGUCAAGACAUGGGAGUCAUCACAGGCUAUGCAUGCGGACGGAGAGCCAAUCCUAGCGUUGAUCACACGCUGUGCAUGCGGCCACCACACAUAUCAUUAGCCAAUUAGUGACAGAUACGAACAACACAUACCCAUCAGUAGGCGUAGCGAAACACAGGCUUAUAACACUGAAACCCCUAGACACGAGUUAGAUCUGUUCUGAUAUUUGCUAUUGAUGCUAUACUGAGCUGAUCUCCACUCUCUGCAGACUGUGUAAUAAAUGCUUAUUCUUUUCCUCAAUUCUCUGGCUGGUCUUUUACUACAUCAACGGACUCGGGUGAGGCGGUGUU